CGGCGAUAAGUGAGAGCAGUGCUGUUUGAGAAGCCAUCAUGAAGCUGCCGCUGCUUUUACUGCUGUUCGUGGCCUGCGUCGUCGGUGAUGCAAACGAGGGAGAUGGACCGAUUGAAGAGAUGUGGUACGGAUCGCCAGAGGCUCCGGACUGGUACAAAUUCGAAGCUGACCGCUCAUCAGAGUUCAGCGACGUGGAAGAACGCAUCGUCGGCGGCUCCGAUGCCUUUCCAGGUCAGUUCCCGUACGUGGUAUCCCUGAAGUCACCGGACGAGUCCGGGUUCCAGCAUUUCUGCGGGGGCUCCAUUCUGACAGAAGAGUGGAUUCUCACUGCUGCACAUUGCAUCAUCAACCUGAAUGUCUCUGAUUACGUUGUGGUGGCCGGCGAGUACGACCUGACUGUGGACGAGGGUACUGAACAGGUCGUGGGAGUCUCCGAGGCGUUCAUCUACCCGUACCUUGCCCAUGGUGGCUUGUACAACGAUACGGCGCUCCUGCGGCUGAACUCUUCGCUGGAGUUCAACGUCAACGUCAGCGCCAUAUCGCUCCCAGAGUACAACUCCACCCCUGAAGCUGGCUCUAACGCGACGGUGAUGGGCUGGGGCAGCACGAGCAACACCAGCCAGCCGGCGUGGCCCUCGCGCCUGCAGUGGGCCGUGCUGCCCGUCAUCUCCCUGCAGGAGUGCAUCCCGCUGGCCAGCAACGUGCCCAGCGUCAACCACCUCUGCACCGACGCCCUGCCUGACAAAUCCAUAUGCACGCGCGACCCCGGGGGCCCGCUGGUGCAGGACGGGGUGGUGAUCGGCAUCGCCUCGUGGAACCUCAACCCCUGCACCACCUACCCGUACCCCUCCAUAUUCUGCCAGGUCUCUAACUUCCUCGACUUCAUCUACAGUGUCAUGUCAUCCUGAAGGUAACGAUAAGAGCAGGGUCCGUGUAUGCUUCAGUUAUCUUAGGAAGUCCUCUGCAAUUCACGAUGAUUCAGUCUUUGGAGAUAUCUCUUCUGCAAACUAAACACUUGAUUUUUACUGUCUAUCUCAAGAACUGUGACAGCUGGCCAGUGUAGAUAAAGGUAAUUUAGUACACGUGUUCCUGUUUAUCUAAGAGUGACGAUUAAUCAGCUUGAAACGGAAGUACUUUGUUGUGAAAACGAAU